AUGGGUCGCAAAGCAACCCGGAAGCAGGGCGUCCCCGCGCCCCUCUCGGGCCGCGACAUUGAGAAGGCUCGCAAGGGUGCCAACAAGGGUGGCAACGGCGGUGCCGACGGCAAGAAGAAGGCCUCGUCCGCCGGUGCCGACUCGUCCAAGCCAUUCAAGGCCGACAAGGCCAACAAGGGCAAGCCCGCAAAGCCCGUCGCCAAGCUCGUCAAGGGCAAGAAGCCCCGUGUGAAGGCUGUCGACCGCGAGGAUGAGGACAGUGAUGCCGAGGAGGCACUCGAGCAGGGUGACUACUCGGACUCGGAGGACGAGGUGCCCGCUCCCAAGAAGGCCAAGGCCACCAAGGGAAAGAAGGCUUCGUCGCCCGGUGUUGAGCGUGGACCUGCUCGCGAGCUCGUGUUCUCGGACUCGGAGGCGGAGGUGGAUGACGACAAGGAGGAGCGCAUGCCUGCUGGUCUGCACGCAUUCGACCUUGACGAGGCUCCCUCGGAUGCCGAGGACGACGAGGCUAUGGGCGACGACGACUUUGGAUUCCCCAGCGAGGACGACGACGAGAUGGGUGAGGACGACGAGGUCGACAGCGCGUUCGCCUCGGACGAGGAGGAGGGUGCCGCGGGUGGCGAGGAGGUUGAGAUGGGCUCGGACGACGAGUUUAACGGCGAGAUCCAGACCAACCUCGAGGACGACCUGGAUGACGAGGGAUGGACUCUGCCCGCUGUUGACGGCAUUGUUGAGGAGCACGAGCACGGCACCUCGCUCCGCGAGGUGGAGGCGCGUAUGCGCUGGCUUGUGAGCGUGUGCUCGAGCAAGGAGGACAAGAUCCGUGGUGUUGCUGGCAAGUCGCGCAGCGACCACCUCGUCCAGCUUGAGCACGACAUUGCCACCUACUUUGGCUACAACCACUUCCUGGUGAACAAGCUCAUGAAGCUGUUCAACGCCGACGAGGCCAUUGCCUUCUUCGAGUCCAACGAGACUCCUCGCCCUGUCACCAUCCGUGCCAACACUCUCCGUACCCGUCGCCGCGACCUCGCCCAGGCCCUCAUCAACCGUGGCGUCAACCUCGAGCCUAUCGGCAAGUGGUCCAAGGUCGGUCUCCAGAUCUUCGAGUCGCCCGUCCCCGUGGGUGCCACCCCCGAGUACCUUGCCGGCCACUACAUGCUCCAGGCCGCUUCGUCGUUCCUCCCCGUUAUUGCCCUCGCCCCCCAGCCCGGAGAGCGUGUCCUCGACAUGGCCUCGGCCCCCGGCGGCAAGACCACCUACAUCUCUGCCCUCCUCCAGAACACUGGUACCGUCUUUGCCAACGACAGCAACAAGGCGCGCACCAAGUCGCUCACCGCCAACGUUCACCGUAUGGGCUGCAAGAACGUCGUCGUCUGCAACUAUGAUGCUCGCGAGUUCCCCAGGGUCAUGGGCGGCUUUGACCGUGUCCUCCUCGACGCCCCUUGCUCGGGUACCGGUGUUAUCAGCAAGGACGCCUCCGUCAAGGUGAACAAGUCGGAGCGUGACUUCCAGAUGCUUGCCCACCUCCAGAAGCAGCUUAUCCUCUGCGCCCUGGACUCGGUCAACGCCAACUCUGCUACUGGCGGUUACAUUGUCUACUCGACCUGCUCGGUCACCGUCGACGAGGACGAGUCCGUCGUCGACUAUGCGCUCCGCAAGCGCCCCCACUGCAAGCUCGUUGACACUGGUCUCGAGUUUGGUGUCGAGGGCUACACUAGCUUUGAGGGCAAGCACUUCCACCCUUCGCUCAACCUCACCCGCCGCUACUACCCCCACAAGCACAACAUGGACGGUUUCUACGUUGCCAAGUUCAAGGUUGGCAAGCGCCAGAAGAAGAAGGCCGGCGCCGACGCCGAGGACGACGACGAGGUUUCCGGCUCUGCUGCCGUCAAUGACGACGCUAUGGACGAGGACGACUCGGCCCCCGCUACCUUUGACGCCAAGGAGGACGAGGCCCUCAUCUCGGAGAGCAAGCGCAAGCACCUCCUCAAGACCAAGGGUAUCAAGAUUGCCAAGAAGGACGAGGCCAAGGCCGAGGUCGACGACAAGCCUGCCCCCAAGUCGGACGGCCAGAUCAAGCUGCCAAAGUCGAAGAAGCUCACCGAGAAGAGGCGACAGAAGUAG